GAAGUCUAACUGAAUCAAAGUGAGUUUGCCGGCAUGGCACAUCUUUAGAUUGCGGUUUGGGGGCGAUUGCGUGAUGUUCCCAAGACUGUGGCACCGGAAUGUCCUUCAAAAUGCAAGGAUGGAUUGGAAUAACACUCGUACACGAAGUAUCAAUAUGCCUGGGGUUCCGUGAAGCUAAAGAUGGCGUGAAGGAUAGCCUCUGAGCUCCAAAUGCCGAAAUGAGAGGUUCGAUGAGAAGGAUCUGCCUUUGAAAACAUGACCAGACCCCUUUCGCCGGGAAAAAAGAUAACAGUUUCAGUUUCACUCGUCUUGUCACCUUGUGCACACGACAAAAUGAGUGAGUCGAAGCAGGAAAGCCUGCAGUCUAUUGACUCGCGAGGGCAAGUGACACCAGGUAUUGAGCCUGACUGGACGCGUCAUGAGGAAAUAAGAGCUCGCCAAAAAAUCGAUAGCUCGGUGCUUCCACUAUUGUACUUGGGCCUGCUUGUUUUUCAACUUGACCGCAUGAAUCUUGCAAGUGCGCUCACCGGCGGGUUCGCGAAAGACAUCGGGGUAAAUCAGGACACAAUUAAUCUGGGAAACCAACUGAUGUUCCUGGGAAUUGUCAUCUUGGAAAUUCCCUCAAACAUGCUCUUGCAAAAGAUUGGGCCGCGCAAGUACAUCUCUAGCCAAGUAAUUCUGUUUGGUUUCGUCGCAACUAUGCAGGUGUUUCUCGUCGACCGCAAGGGUUUCUUAGCUUCGCGUAUGAUGCUCGGCCUUGCAGAGGCGGGCUACAUUCCAGGGGCUUGCUAUACCCUCUCGACUUGGUAUACAAAGAAAGAACUAGCGAAACGCAUCGCAAUCUUCUUCUUCGGAAUGUUCAGUGGAAAUGCUUUGAGCCCUAUACUGGCUUCUGGUAUCCUCAAGCUCGAAGGCGAACGUGGUCUGCGUGGCUGGCAGUGGCUUUUCCUAGUCGAGGGCGUCUUUACCAUCUUUGUUGGGCUUUCUCUGCUAUUCCUUCUGCCCGGUUCCCCAGAUAUCCCUGAUCCGCUGUUGAGCCCAGGCCUCAUCCGAUUCAAAGGCUCAGAGAAGAGUAUCAUACAAAGACGCCUAGAGAUAGAUGACAAAGAGAAGCGUGGAGGUGCUCAAGGAAUGAGAAUUCCUCCAAAGCUCGUAUGGAAGACCGUCCUGCAUUGGAAACGCUGGCCACACUUUCUGAGCAGCUUUGCCGUCUUCUCCACGUGGAGCCCUCUCACCACUUAUACACCUACCAUCAUUAUGAAUCUCGGGUUCAACCGCAUUCAGGCCAAUGCCCUUGCUGCGGUGGGCGCCUCACUCGCUUUGGUCGUCGUCUUCAUAUUCGCCUAUAUCAGUGACAAGACCAACAAGCGCGGACUCUCAGUAAUCGGGGCUCAGUUUUGCUAUCUGAUUGUCUUGGUCGUAGCGCGUACGGCACACCCUCAUGUGGGCAAGUGGUCACGCUGGGGGCUCUGGACAGCUGUGAACAGCUUCGCGGUUGGGUAUCACCCUGUCAAUAACUCAUGGGUGCAACUCAACUGCAGGGAGCCAGGCGAAAGAAGCAUUAGUAUUGCGAUGUGGGUGAUGCUCUCCAUCAGUGGGUUGAUGGUCGGAACGCAGUAUUAUCGCGGGAAUGAUGCCCCAUUUUACCAAACGGGUCUGAGAACACAAAUAAUCAUGGUAUCAGUGGGAAUGGCAUUCGCAGUUCUACAGGUCGUAAUCUACACGGUUCACAACAAAAGGGUGGCUGGAGGAAAGCACAAGCCCCGGGUCGGUGAAGCACGGCGAAUCUAUGUAACAUAAAUAGACUGGGAAACUAUCUAUGGCGAAAUAGAAUCAGA